AUGGCGCUGCCGAAACUUUCUCUGGCUGCUGGUGCCUUGCUGCACCUCCUCAGUGCCGUCAAUGCCUACCCUGGCCGCCCGGUGACCUCCUCGACCCUCGUCGAGAGGGCUGACCAGCUGCUGCCUGAGUACGACUAUAUCGUCGUUGGAGGUGGCACUUCUGGUCUGACUGUAGCGGACCGGCUCACUGAGAACGGGAAGUACACUGUUCUUGUUCUCGAGCGUGGCGUCUUCCGUAAUGACUCCUUCGUGACGACCGUAUCAAGCGGUUUCUGGGGUCUAUUCGACCCGACCCUGACCUUCGCCUUUGACUCGACGCCGCAGGAGGCCCUCAACAACCGCACCUUCAUUGUGCGCGGCGGCAUGAUCCUUGGCGGCAGUUCCGGCGUCAACGGCAUGCAGGUUGUCCGCGGUCAACGCGAGGACUAUGACCGCUGGGGGCAGUACUUUGGCAGGAACUCUGGGUGGAGCUGGAACAGCUUGCUGCCCUACUUCCGCAAAGCCUGGAACUUCCAUCCUCCCAGCAAGGAGCUGGUCAAGCAGUUCGACAUCAAGUACGACACCAAGUACUGGGGAAGCACCUCCAACGUGCACGCCUCGUUCCCUACCAUGCACUUCCCCUCCCUGAAGACUGUCAUGUCCGCUUGGAAGGACAUCCCCGGCGUCAAGUACCCGGCCGACUCCGGCUCAGGCGAGACCGGUGCCUACUGGCACCCGGCGUCCGUCGACCCAAGCGUCAUGCUGCGUUCAUUCGCCCGUCCCGGUCACUGGGAUGGUAUUGCUGACCAGCGCACCAACUACCACACUUUAACCGGUCAGCGUGUGCUCAAGGUCCAGUUCGACAACCACAAGCGCGCCACUGGAGUCGUCUUCGUUCCUGCCAACGCCAGAGACCAGAGCGAGGCCCGCACGGUCAAGGCCAAGCGCGAGGUCAUCCUCGCUACUGGUACCAUUCACACACCACAGAUUCUGCAGGCUAGCGGUAUUGGCCCGCAGAAGCUGCUCAAGAAGGCCAACAUCACGGUCGUUGUUGACCUCCCUGGUGUUGGUGCCAACUUCCAAGACCAGCCAUUCCAGGUUGGCGCUAGCUUCAACUUCACCAACUUCCCCUUCCAUCCCGACCUCAACGACAAGUUCAGCAACGCGACCUUCAUUGCCGAAGCCGACGCCGAGUUUGCGGCCAAUCGCACUGGCCCCCAUACCAUCGCCUCUGGCAACGCUGGCAGCUGGCUGUCCCUUCCUGUCAUUGCCCCGAAGACCUGGCAGGACAUUGCCCGCCGCUACGAGGCCCAGGACCCGGCCAAGUACCUGCCCAAAGACACCGACCCGCGGGUCGUUGCUGGCUACCGGGCGCAGCAGAAGGCUCUUGCCAAGGCGAUGCGCUCCCGCGACUCGGCCAUCUACAACUUCUUCCUGCGCGGUGCCCAGGACGAGGGCUCCAUCGUCUUUCUGCACCCGACCAGCCGUGGUACCGUAUACAUCCGUCCUGAGGACCCAUACUUCUCUCCUCCGGAGGUCGAUUAUCGCGCGCUAAGCAACCCCAUUGAUGUGGAUAUCCUUGUCGAAUUCACUCGCUUCACGCGCCGCUACUUCACCGAGACCCGUCUGAAGGAGCUGGCCCCCGUCGAGUUGGCCCCCGGCAAGGAUGUCCAGACUGCCGAGCAGAUAGCCCAGUGGGUACGUGCCAACAUGAACCCAACUUGCUUUCACCCAGUUGGCACUGCUGCCAUGAUGCCGCAGCACCUGGGUGGUGUUGUUGACGAGAAGCUGCUUGUCUAUGGUGUCAAGGGCCUGAGCGUCGUUGAUGCCAGCAUCAUGCCUGACCUCCCUGGCUCGUACACUUACCAGACAGUGUAUGCUGUUGCUGAGAAGGCUGCCGAUCUUAUCAAGGCUCGUGCUUAA